ACAUCUCAUCCUAUUUUCGCUGAAUGCGUCCACUCCUUUUGGUUUUUUCCCCCCCCCCCUCCCCCCACCCCCUUUUUUUUUCCCCUUCUGCCAGCAAAGUCUCAACGGUAUACCCAUACUUUUGCCAACGCUAUGAAAUCAUGUAUGAUUGCAUUGAUCACCAAGUGACAUUUGUCUUGCGAACAUCCUGCACGGAAAUCGCGUAGGCGGGUUGGCUUCUUAUGACGCACGGUCCUCACCUUCCUUCAUAUUAUGCCCCGUUAUUUCCAAAGCGGUAUUCGAGGGCCUUCAAGUACCACCCCGUUUCAGUGUGAUGUGGCGUCUUUCAACCGAGGAAAUAUUUGUAGGAUAUGAAAUGCGAUGGUCGUAUGGGCGGGGGCGCUCUGUCCAUUAUUUGUUCGCGCGCAGUGUUACCCGUUUUUUUGGCUUGAGUUACUUUGGUGAAUCGAUGGUUGGAUACCAGAUGUCUGUGUCGGGUAUCGCGUGCGGAGCGCCGGGGGAUUUCGGGGCCGCUGUCCGCAGUGCAUUAUCACCGCUACCCGACUCUCCGGCGCAGAUACCACUCUUCAUUUGUGCGUUCGAUCUUCUUGUGCAUGUCUCGGUUAAAAUUUCUGAGGGUGCCCUUUUCGCUGCAUGUCCGAAAAUUUCAUGCGUGAAUAUUACACAAAGACCUUGUGCUUGUUUGUGGAGAACCGUCUUUCAGAUCCGGGUUCACCUCGUGGCUUUUAGCGCUUUGGCAUGGAUCGCGAUAACUUGUGUCUAUUAUGAGGAACUGGAUUACACUGUAGCCGCUUUAACGACAGGAUCUUUCCGGAAAGGCUCGUUCCAGAAAUAAAACUGGGACGAGUGCUACACCUCCUAACCUCAUCUGGCACUCUUGUUGCUCUGCUGAGAGUGCUUUGUAUAUGAAUCACCCAAACCGACUUCGGUGUUCUCGGGGUGACCCGUGAAUGCUCCUUUAGUAGACCAUCUCGAGGAGCGCUAUUUAAAUUCAGCUUUGGCAACCU